AUGCUAUAUCAAAUCAAUGAUUAUGAUGCACAUAAGUCCACAUUAGUUAUGGCUUCAAUAGACAAGCUAAAUCAAUAUAUUUUCAAUUUCGAAUUCAAACACUCAAAAGAUUUCGAGAGAUUCAAAGAAAAAUUCCUAGACAUAUUUAAUUCAUAUAUACGUAUUGUUUCAGAUCUGAAACCAGGAAAUAUCACUGCAGAUGGACAAUUUCUCGCUCUUCUUCCUGGAGAAAAGGAAGCACUUAAAUGUUUCGCAGUUAUACAAAAACUAGCAAAGUGGGAAUUUCAGUUGCAUUUCUUUGCAGCUGGACAUGAAAAUGCCGGAAUUCUAACCGAAAUCACGAAAAAUAUCGUUCUUUCUACAGAAUUAGAAAUUACAAAGCUCGGAAACCAAUCCGUAUUCAGUCAAUCUUUUGUAUUUAGAGACGCAAAUCAACCAGUUUCACAAUCUAUUCAUAUCAAGUGCGGAUCUAUCGAAGAAAUGAUGGAAUUCUUAUCUACUUUCCAUGCUUUUAUUACUCUUGCACAAAUGAAUAAACUUUAUCCUGUAGAAAAACCAGUUACAAAAGAAACUCCGAAAAUUACAAAUCCAGAACCUAAAAAAGAAGAAGAACCAAAAGAAAACACUAAAAAUAAAUCAUCUGAAGAACAAACACAAAAGAAACAAGAAGAAAACACUAAAAAUAAAUCAUCUGAAGAACAAACACAAAAGAAACAAGAAGAAAACACUAAAAAUAAAUCAUCUGAAGAACAAACACAAAAGAAACAAGAAGAAAUAAUUAAAAAUGAAGAAAAUCCAAAAGAAUUACCUCAAGUUUCAUCAGAAAGUUCCGAUAAUGAAUACUAUGAUUCAGAUGAAAGCAGUGAUAAACCAAAUCAAAAUACAAAAGAAAAACAAACAACAAAAGAACAACCAAUAAAUAACUCAGAAACAGACCAAAAAGUCAAAGUUUUGUAUGAGAAACCACAAAAUACAAAACAAAAUGAACAAAAAGAAGAAAUUUCUAAAGAUAAAAAUGAAAUUAAAGAAGAAAAACAAGAAAUUUCUGAAAAAGAAAAAGAAGUUCAUGUUCCAGAAAACAAACAAGUAAAUAACCAAAUUUUAUCUGAAAACAAAGAUAAAAAAGAAGAUAAAUCGGAAAUUAAAAUCAAAGAAGAAAAAUCUCCUGAAAUCAAAGUAUUGUAUCAAAAACCACAUGUUGUUAAAGAAGAAGAACCAAUAAAAGUUGUAGAAAUCAAAGAUAAAAAAGAAGAAAAUUCAGAAAUUAAGGUUUUGUACGAGAAACCACAAAAACCAAAAGAACCAAUAAAUAAUUCCGAAACAAAUGAUAACAAACCAGAAAAAUCAGAAACAAAUGUCAAAAAAACAGAAAAAGAAGAAACAAAGGAAAGCAAACCAGAAAUUUCUGGAAUAAAUGUUAAAAAACCAGAAAAAGAAGAAAUAGAUGUCAAGAAACCAGAAAUCUCUGAAGCCAAUGAUAUCAAACAAGAAAUUUCAGAAACAAAUGAUAACAAAAAAGAAAAAUCAGAAACAAAUCAAAUUUCUGGAGAAGAAAUUGUAGAAAACGGUCAAAAUGAAGAGAAACAACAAAAUGAAAUUAUUUCUGACAAAAGUGAAGUGACAAAAAGUGAACUUCCUCCAGAUUAUUAUUACAUUUCUCCUUUUGAAGGAAAGCCAUUUAAAUUCAAACCAGAAGAAAACCAACAGAUUCAAUUCGGUCAUAUUUAUGAGGAAGACCUUGUUCCUGAUGCAUCAGAUGUGAAAUAUUUAGAUUUGAAUGAAAAAGUGACAUUUUCUCAAAAAAUUUCAAAGAAAGAAAAUUUCACGGAGAAUUUAUCAUUAUUUGUCAAGCCAUCAACAGUAGAUUUCACUCAAUCCGAAAUCGAAAACAUUUUGUCAAAUUCUUUGUCAGAAUUUCAAGACGAUAACGAUCGAAUUUCUGACAAAUUUACAAAACCGUCAUUUGAAGGAAUUGGAAUCAUCAAUGAACAUAACUUUUCAAAAAUGACAAGUAAAUUCGAAUUUGACACUUCACUUUUGUUUGAAGAGAACAAAAUCAACUUCAAACCAACGAAAUCUGAAAAACCAAAUUGUCCAUUUAUCGAAGAAUUGAGUAGAACAGUCCAAUCAAUGAGAAUUUCAGGAUUGUCAGUCCACAGAGAAGAAAUUGACAGUUUGAAGUUGACUCCACUUUUGACAUCACUAUUUCUAAACGACAGAAAAGAAGGAAUGUCUUUGGAGUCUAUAAAAUCAAUUCUGCCAUCAUAUGAAAAAGAAAUUGAUGAAUUUUGUAGAAAAAGUGACAUAACUUUACAAAUAUUCAAUUUUUGUAUUUAUGGAUUGAAUGACAAAUUCAUUUUACCAUUUUUUAGAAUAAUAAGAAGAAAAUGGACAUGGAUUGAUGAUAAUUACAAUGAAAGUAGUUUAUUGAAGAAUGAUAAUGUUUUAGAAACAAUUAUUGAUUUGUUAGAACCAUUAGUAGUUUAUCAUACAUUUGUUUUGUCUGCAUCUAUUUCUAUUGAUGAAGAAAUCAUCAACAAAUACUCUAAGAAAGCGUUUAGUUACAGAACAAUGAUCGAUUUACCGAAUGCGAAAGAAAACCAUGAAAUAUUUGUUAAAACAGUUUCGGACUGUUUGUUUGAUGGACUUAAAAUAGAUUUGCUUGAUUUCGUUUCAGCUGUUUCUAAAGAAUACAAAGACAUCGAAUUGGAAAUAACUGUGAAAAAAGCUAAGAAAUUACCUCCAAAACAAUACGCAAGAACAAUUGUUGGAGAUGCAUUAUCUACAAAUAAUCUCUUGAAAUGGAUUUGUAUGUUCAUUUCUCGUGCUGAUAAAAGUACAUUUGAGAAUGAUGCAAAUCUAUUCGAUCCUUACAGAUAUAAUUUGAUUCUCAAAUCUCUUGUUUUAUCAUUGAAAUAA